GAGGCUCCGCAGGAGAAGAAAGCAAAACUGCACGAGCAGACCCACUUCCAAGGACCCUCAGGUGACUUACCUGUCCCUUCAGUGGAGAAAGCUCGGUCUCACGGGCUCACGAGACAGGAUUCUAUUAAGAAUGGGUCCGGAGUGAAGCACCACAUUGCUGGUGACAUACCUUCAGACAGGAAAAGAAGCCCGUCGGUGUCCAGGGACCAAGAUCGCAGAUACGACCAGAGCGAAGAGAGGGAGGAGUAUUUACAGUAUGUCCCUUCAGAUGGCACAAUGCCCAGGUCGCCGUCAGACUAUGCUGACAGACGACCUCAGCGCGAAGCCCCGUUCUACGAAGACCCCGGUGAUCACUUAGGUUACCGGGACGAGACGUGGAUUACAGCUGGUUGGACCAUGCGUCUUGGCAUAGCAGUGAGGCACCCCCAAUGUCUUUGCACCCUGUGACCUGGCAGCCAUCUAAAGAUGGAGAUCGCCUAAUUGGCCGAAUUUUAUUAAAUAAGCGUUUGAAAGAUGGGAGUGUACCUCGAGAUUCAGGAGCAAUGCUGGGCUUAAAGGUAGUGGGAGGAAAGAUGACUGAAUCAGGCCGGCUCUGUGCUUUCAUUACCAAAGUAAAAAGAGGAAGUUUAGCCGAUACUGUGGGACAUCUUAGACCAGGCGAUGAGGUCUUGGAGUGGAAUGGGAGGCUACUGCAAGGGGCCACGUUUGAGGAAGUUUACAACAUCAUCCUAGAAUCCAAACCCGAACCACAAGUUGAGCUUGUUGUUUCAAGGCCGAUUGGAGAUAUACCUAGGAUACCGGACAGCACACAUGCACAACUGGAAUCCAGUUCUAGCUCAUUUGAAUCUCAAAAAAUGGAUCGUCCUUCUAUAUCCGUUACCUCUCCCAUGAGUCCUGGCAUGCUGAGGGAUGCCCCGCAGUUCUUAUCCGGACAGCUUUCAAUCAAACUAUGGUUUGACAAGGUUGGUCACCAGUUGAUAGUUACAAUUUUGGGAGCAAAGGAUCUCCCUUCCAGGGAAGAUGGGAGGCCAAGGAAUCCAUAUGUUAAAAUUUACUUUCUUCCAGACAGAAGUGAUAAAAACAAGAGAAGAACAAAAACAGUAAAGAAAACAUUGGAACCCAAAUGGAACCAGACCUUCAUUUAUUCUCCUGUUCACCGAAGAGAAUUCCGAGAACGAAUGCUUGAAAUUACCCUUUGGGACCAAGCUAGAGUUCGAGAAGAAGAGAGCGAAUUCUUAGGAGAGAUUUUAAUAGAAUUGGAAACGGCUCUGUUAAAUGAUGAACCCCAUUGGUACAAACUGCAGACCCACGACGUCUCUUCGUUGCCGCUCCCUCACCCGUCCCCGUAUCUGCCACGAAGACAGCUCCACGGAGAGAGCCCCACACGCAGGUUACAAAUGACAGUGAGGUCUCUGACUAUGACUGUGAUGAUGGAGUUGGUGUAGUAUCAGAUUACAGACACAAUGGUCGAGAGCUUCAAAGCUCCACUUUGUCAGUGCCAGAGCAAGUAAUGUCCUCCAACCAUUGUUCACCAUCAGGGUCCCCUCAUCGAGUAGACGUGAUAGGAAGGACCAGGUCGUGGUCACCGAGUGUCCCUCCUCCACAAAGCUGGCCAUUACAAUACAAUCAGCCGGAUGGACAGACACCGGGUCAUGGAUGACCAUUACUCUCCAGACAGAGACAGGGGCAGAGAAGCACCAGAUACACAGCCAUAUCUCAGAUGCAGAUCAACAGAACAGCGGCCUCUCCCAGAGCGGACCACCGCCCGCUCCAGAUCCUCGGAGCGCGCUGACACAGACCUCAUGAGGUCCAUGCCUUCAUUAAUGACCGGAAGAUCAGCCCCUCCCUCACCUGCCUUAUCGAGGUCUCACCCUCGUACCGGGUCUGUCCAGACAAGUCCAUCAAGCACCCCAGGAACGGGAAGAAGGGGAAGGCAGCUGCCACAGCUUCCCCCAAAGGGAACACUGGAGAGAAAAGCCGGAGGUAAAAAACUACGGAGCACUGUCCAGAGGAGCACCGAGACCGGCCUCGCAGUGGAGAUGAGGAACUGGAUGACGCGGCAGGCCAGCCGGGAAUCCACCGAUGGCAGCAUGAACAGCUACAGCUCCGAAGGAAAUCUGAUUUUCCCCGGUGUCCGCCUGGCCUCUGACAGCCAGUUCAGCGAUUUCCUUGAUGGCCUGGGCCCUGCUCAGCUAGUGGGACGCCAGACCCUGGCUACUCCUGCAAUGGGUGAUAUUCAGGUGGGAAUGAUGGACAAAAAGGGACAGCUGGAGGUGGAAAUCAUUCGGGCUCGCGGCCUUGUUGUAAAACCAGGUUCCAAGACACUGCCAGCACCCUAUGUCAAGGUGUAUCUAUUAGACAACGGAGUCUGCAUAGCCAAAAAGAAAACCAAGGUGGCAAGGAAGACACUGGAACCCCUGUAUCAGCACCUCUCUUCCUUCGAGGAGAGCCCCCAGGGAAAGGUGUUACAGAUCAUUGUCUGGGGAGAUUAUGGCCGCAUGGAUCACAAAUCCUUUAUGGGAGUGGCCCAGAUACUCUUAGACGAACUGGAACUAUCCAAUAUGGUGAUUGGGUGGUUCAAACUCUUCCCUCCCUCCUCCCUAGUGGACCCAACCUUGGCACCUCUGACAAGAAGAGCUUCCCAGUCAUCUCUGGAAAGUUCUACGGGACCUUCUUACUCUCGUUCAUAGCAACUGUAAAACUGUUGUCACAACAACCAGCGAUACAAAAACAGAAGACAACGCACAGGUCCCCUGGUAACACUGCAUGCUUGAUGUUUGUCUUCGGAGCCCACGUCUAGGGUUACAAAGCGAUCCUGUUCUCAGAGGAAGUCGCACACACUGUGCCCUAGCGCAGGCCUUCAGGUGAAAGAGCAGGGCCGUGCAGAACUGUUCAGUGACACUCGAGUUCUGGUCCAAUCUGAAGCCAUGGAUUAAUCUCAAAGAAUCAGUCAGCCCUUUUCAAUAGCACCUUUAUAUUUUUAUUGUUUAUUUUUUCCUCUUCAUUUAUCUGACCCCAAAGCCUGUUAUGCCACAGAAAUGGAGCUCUACAGCCGUGAAGUCACACCACAGGCCAAGGAGCGAAGUCCUAGGAAGCAUCAGGUGAAAAGCAAAAGACCAAAGAAGUGACGGGAGCCCAGUUGGGCCAUGGCUGCCUCCCUCCCUCCCGGAGGGGGCUCGGCAGGGAGCGUGGUUAGACUCUGGGGAGCUCCAGGAGGCAUGCCAUUCACUAAUGCCAAGAUGUGUGUCGGACUCUGGAAAUCAAAAUUCUGUGACUGCACUGUACUGAAUGAAAUUAAAGAAACUUUUUUUUGCAUGGACACA